GUUUUUUCGAUAGCUUGAUAAGAUGGUAAAGUCAAUUGCUGUCGUGCUGCUCGGAUUACUGGCAUUUGCUACUGCUGCUCCACUUGACCAACCGGUGGAUAACAAAUGGAGCCUGCUUCCAGAUGCCAAUGGCCGGCUACACUUAGCGAGUCUUAAUCCUUACAACAUUCCCGAGGCACAAGAACCAGAGAAUCGAUUCACGGCAUCAACGGACACAAUUUUUCGUCUGUAUACAAAAUUGAAUCCAACAACACCGCAGAUCAUCGCGCUGAACAUCGUCGAGUCGCUGACCAGUUCAAAUUUUAACCCUGCCCAUCCAACCCGGUUUAUUAUCCAUGGAUGGAACAACGAUGGGUUCUCCGAGGUCAACACGAUUCUCACGAAUGCCUGGAUGACCCGAGGUGAGUUCAACGUAAUAACCGUGGACUGGGGAAUCGGUGCCAAUACCAUCAACUAUCCACUCGCUCGCACACGAGUCGCUUCCGUCGGCUCGGUGGUUUCGUCGUUUAUCAACUUCAUCCAAGCGAACACUGGCAUCUCGUUCAACAGCAUCAGUAUAGCGGGUCACAGUUUGGGGGCUCACGCCGCCGGCAAUGCUGGAUUCUUUCAACUCGGCCGCUUGAAUACAAUUUUCGGAUUGGAUCCCGCUUUCCCGUUGUUUUCGUACGCCAGUUCGGACCGAAUCAGAUCGACCGAUGCGGUCUAUGUGGAGACAAUCCACACGAAUGCGGGAUUAUUGGGCUUCGAUCUACCGCUGGGACAAACGGCAUUCUAUCCAAAUGGCGGUCGUAUCCAACCUGGAUGCGGGGUUGAUAUCUCCGGUGCUUGUGCACAUAGUCGGGCGUACGAGUUCCUGGCGGAGUCAAUCGUGUCAGGAGGUUUCAGUGCGGUCCCGUGCCAGUCGUAUGAGGAGAUUCUGGAAAACAGUUGCACUGCCAGUGGUCCCAGUCUGGCGAUGGGUGGUGAACCAUCUAAUUUUGCCCUUCGACCGCAAGGAAUUUUUUCACUGACAACGCUUUCGUCCAGGCCGUUUUCGAGGGGUUAGCCGAUGGAUCUGAUCAAGAGGAGUAAAGAAGAUUUACUGUGAUAGUUAAGUCAAAUAAAAGAAGAAAAAUGGAGAA